AUGCAAUCGAUCAUCGGCCAGACCUUCGACGACUUUGCCUCGUGCGAGGCUGCGAUACACCGUGCCGCGAGGUCCGACUCUAUCGUGGUUAAACGCCGCGCUGAUGGCAUGUGGAGCCCUGAAUGGAGUGGGACUGCAGAAGCGCGCCUCCAUAAUCACCCGACAUUCGAGAUAUCUGCCUAUUCGAAAUAUAGGACGGAGAUUUCUCAGAAGUAUCGUGAUGAUAUCAUCGAGAUGCUUCGUUCGAGCCUUCAGCCAGUCGGAAUACUCACGAAGUUACGCCAACACGAUGACCCAGACCUUCGUCAAAUUGGGAGGCGCGAUAUCGUCAAUAUCAUCGCGAAAUACCGCCAACAGCAGCUCCAAGGACAGGCGCCAAUUGAAUGGCUCUUCAACCAGCUACGUCAGCAGGAGAGCUUCUUCGUCCGCCACGAAGUUGACGAUAAUAAGCGCCUCACCCGUCUUUUCAUUGCGCCGCAAAGCGGCAUCAACCUACUCCACCAGUAUCCUGAAGUGAUGCUAUUCGAUAGCACCUAUAAGACCAACCGCUUCAAUAUGCCGCUUUUCAACGUCUGCGCUUGUUCUUCGAUCAAGAAGUCGUUCCAGGUUGCUACUAUAUUCCUGAACGGCGAGAAAGAGGGGGACUACGCUUGGGCUAUUGAGAAGCUUCACGAGCUUCUCAACGAGAAGCAAAUCCGCCACCCAGGCUGCGUUAUAACCGACCGCGAGUUGGCGUUGAUGAGGGCGCUCAACGGCUCAACGCCCAUCCAGCCUUCCAUACAGUGCCUCAUCUACUCUCCGACCCGUGGCGCCGAUGGCGUGAUACAACAAGACGCGAAAUUCGAAGAAUUCAUUGCAGAGUGGCACCUACUCGUGCGAAGCCGGAACGAGGUUGAAUAUCAGGAGAGGCUUCUAAAGUUCAAAGACCCAAGCCGCUAUACAGGCGAGGCUGCCCAGGCCGUGGAAUAUUGCGUUAACACCUGGAUAGAGCCUUGGAGUCAUAAGUUCGUGAGGUUUCAAGUUGACCGCCUUCCUCACUUCGGGCACGUUACAACUUCGAUCGUGGAGUCGUCUCACGCGAGCCUUAAACGCUUCCUUCAACAGCGCUCAUCUGGAGCUCUCAAGAUUGUCUUUGAGCGGCUCCAGCUCUUUUGGAACCACCAAGAAAGCGAAAUCCGAAUCGAGGCACAACAGCGCCGGAAUAAGGUCAUCUCCGUGCCUCACUUUUUGCUUCAAGAUAUCAGAUUCGAGGCUCGAGGGCCCUUGCCGAUGUCGUCUGCCGACUACACACGGAAUUCCGUGAUCAGAUUCAUCGUCGCUGGUGGUGGGCUACGGCUUCUCCAGAUAAUCACGAAUCUCAUGAUAAUGACGAACCUGCACCUACGCCUACGCCUGCGCCUACGCCUACGCCCAGCCGGCCCAGGCCUGUGCCUCUCGAACCAGUUAUACAACGCGCGAAAGGCAGACCUCGAGGUAGCGUGGCCACACAACCACAGUCUCAUCAGCGAGGCAGAGGGGUUACAAGCAGCCGCCGCGAUCUCUCUCAUUUCGAGCGAGCAGAGUUGCAAGCACAACCGCGGUCCUUGCCUCCCCCUUCGGCCCCAGCCCCUGCUCCGCGCACGAGAGGCAGGCCUCGAGGCAGCGUGGCCUCUCGAGUUCGAGGCGGUGUGGUCAUACAACCGCAGGCACAACCGCCUCGCCCUUCGGCCUCUGCUGCCCUCGUUGACCUUACGGUGGCUUCACUCGAACAAGCUCAUCAACACGAUACAAUGCAGCCUGGCACAGCGGCGCCACGGGCGUCACAAAGAGCAGCGUAUUCGCCCCGACCUCUUGAAAUAA